UCGAUAGCGGUCGAAUGAUUUAAAGUCUAUUUAAAAUUUAAAACCUUAAAAUUUCAACAUGGUGGACAGCUGCUGUGCACCUGGAUACCAGAACAGGCGGAGGAAAGCAAAGGGGAAAUCAUUUUAUCGUAUUCCUAAGGAUCCCGAUAGACGACUGAAAUGGCUCACUGCAAUAAAACGUGCUAACCAACACAACAAAACAGUGAGAUGGGAGCAAUCAACCAAUGGAUUUCGCUUGUGCAAUGAUCACUUCAUAUCAGGGAAAAAGAGUGACAACCCUCUUUCACCCGACUUCGUCCCAUCUAUCUUCAACCAUGUUCCAUCCCCAGAGAAGAGAGGAAGAAAGCGGAAGUUAGAUGUGUUCAACAGAAGACAGAAGAGCAAACUCCAAAGAAUAGAGCAAGCAUCAAAGUCACCAGCUUCAGCAGUAUCCUUUUCAACAGUUUGUCCUCAAGAUGGCAGCAAGCAUCCUACUGCACGCCAGGUGAAGGAAUCAAACAUUACCCACAAAGAACUUGAAAAUGUUUAUCCUAUUCCUGAAGACAAUGAUGAUACAGCAGCUUCACCAUGUGAUAAUUAA